ACUUCGGAGGACGCCGGCCGAGGCUAAGAGCACCUUUAACAACUAACCGCUGGUGAUAUUCUCUGGCAUCCUUCUUCGUAACAUGACCGUGAGCGGGCAGCAGUACUGUGUACGGAGAAUAAUUUGAAUGAAGAAUGAACUGGGGACGGUUCAUGUUUCGACUGCUAUUGGCAUGCAGUGCUGGCGCAGUGGAGGCCUUUUUCUUUGAGAAUUUCUUGCAAGACCUUCCCUAUACGUACCCUACUGGAAUUCAGCUAGAAGAUGGAGCCGCGUAUGAUUACGUGGUGGUAGGAGCUGGGGCUGCGGGCGCCGCGGCCGCCUCUAGGUUAGCAUUGAAAGGUUUCGAUGUUAUGCUUAUAGAAGCCGGAGGCGAUCCAAGCUUCCUAUCUACGAUACCAAUGGCGUCGUUGGGUCUCCUUGGCUCCUCACUGGAUUGGCAGUACAAGACUAUUCCAAACAACAUAUCCUGUCUCUCUUCAAUUGGUGAACAGUGUAGAUUUAGUCGGGGAAAGAGCUUAGGAGGAACCACCGCUAUCAAUCACAUGCUGUACAUAAGAGGAAAUAGAUAUGAUUACGACAGAAUGAACAUCUCAGGGUGGACAUGGAAGGACUUAGAGCCGUAUUUCCUUCGAUACGAAGGUCUUCAAAUUUUAGACCAGUAUCCAGCUAGUUCAAGGAAAUAUCAUAAUAGUAAUGGUACUAUGAAAUUGGAGUAUUUUGAUGAUCCGCGUAACCCAUGGCACACGAGAACUGUGGAGGGGUUAAAGCAGCUAAAUAUACCUUUUAAUAAGGAUUUGAACGGAGAGUAUCAAAUAGGAGUUACAAAAGUAGCUGGUUAUGUAUAUAAAGGAGAGAGGAUGAGUACUGCGCGGGGCUACCUGGCAAGGAAUGAUGUUAAGAAAAAUCUUAAAGUUGCGAAGAAUGCUUUUUGUACUGAAGUAGUUAUUGAUGACGACAAUAUUGCUCGAGGAGUGACAGUUGUCCAAAAUCUACAAAAAGUUACAAUAUAUGCAAGAAUCGAAAUUGUACUUAGUGCUGGAACGAUUGGAACCCCUCAGAUAUUGAUGCAGUCAGGUGUCGGUCCAGCUGACCACUUACAAGAAAUGGGCAUAUCAGUACGAUCAAACCUUCCGGUCGGUAAUGAUAUGAGUGACCAUCAUCUACCAGUCGUCAUCGUCAAAGUAGACCACGGAGGACUAGUAGACAGCCUCGUUGGACUGACUUCUAAAGCCCCCCAAGUACUACAGUACUUGGCCUCCAGGAGCGGACCACUAGCAUCUAAUAGCCUACAAGAUAUAGUGACAUUGAUAAACACUAACUGCUACGAUUUUGAUCUUCGUCAGUAUUCAGGUAAUAGUAGUCUGUGUGAACUCGCUGAUAUGCAGAUUAUUCAGUCGUACAUAGACAAAGGAUUGGUGGCUUUAGCAAAGCCUUUGGUUAAGCAGGCUAUUGGUUUCAAUGACCAAGUCUUAGACCAAAUUGAGAAGGCGAACGAGAACCAUGGCUUGAUUAUUUUCUCGCCUAUGGUUCUGCAGCCAUAUUCUCGUGGCACCGUCCGCCUCGCCAGUAUUGAUCCACUGCAACCACCAGCAAUCUUCGCUAAUUAUCUUGGAGAUGAACGAGACGUCGAACAAAUGGUAAAAUCUAUCACUUUCUUGGAGCACCUGAUGAAAACUCAGAUCUUCAAAAAACACAAAGCCUCAAUCUUACACUUGAAUCUACCUGGAUGUCCAGCCUAUAAAUGUGGAAGGGUAGAGUAUUGGAGAUGCUACGCCAGACAUAUGACUUAUUCUGGAUACCAUGCUGUAGGGACCUGUGCGCUGACCAGGGUGGUAGAUGAACAACUCCGUGUGUAUGGUGUAAAGAACUUAAGAGUGGCCGAUUUGAGUGUACUGAAAAAUAUUAUAAGAGGAAACACAGCAUCUGUUUCUAUAGCUAUUGGAGAGAGAAUUGUGGAUUUUUUAACUGAGGAAGAUAAUCCAUAGUCCAUUUAAAGAUUAAGUACAGUUAGACCAAUCUGAAGUUUUGCUGAAAUUUUCAUCGAAACCGGUCCAGGAGUUUCGGAGUCUAUACGGAACAUAUAUAAAUACACAGACUUUUAUAUAAUAUGUAUAUGGAUUGAUAGAUAUCAAAUAAACAUUACACCCCGAAUACCAAAGACAUUAACUCCAUCUAGGUAUAUAUUCCGCAGUGCACAAUACAACUCUGUUUCAUAUUCGAUAUCAGCCUGGUGCGAAGCCGGGGCGCAUCGCUGGUUGAUUAUCAUUUUAAAAAACAAUUAUCUGUGUGUUCCUAUCAGCGUUUCAUUAGUGAACCAAUAAAAUGUCAUUUCAGUUGAAAA